AUCCAUAACCCAGCACGGAAUUUCCCACCUUCCCCCAAACCCUAAUGCUCCUCAUAGCUAGGCCAGCGUAGCAGAAGCAUUAUUCAAAUUAGUUUUUGAAUAGAGUAAACUCUUCUGCUAUAGUCUCAUCUCUCUGAUGAAUUAGGAGCUGCUGGGCCUGGAAAAGCUAUCUAAGAUUAAAGCAAUGAGGCCUUGGAAACAGCUAGGUAUUGUGAAAACGAUAGAUGAAGAAAAAGAAUAUGGAUUCUCCUCCUCCUCCCCUUCUCUUUCUCCUACUGAUCUGUCCUCUCCUCCUACUCCUGAUCUCCAUACCAGAGUACAGGCAUGGUCCUUGGCAAGGGGACAGAAGACAGACAUCUUGGUUCGUGUUCAUGGAAGGUGCUUCCAUCUGCACAAGGAUGCCCUGACAACAAGAAGCACCUACUUUAAUCGAGAAAUAACGGAAAUCUCGGACUUCACACUCUCUCCAGUACCGCUCAACAUAACGCCCGAAACCUUCUCUCUUGUAGCAGACUUCUGUUACGGGAGCCACAUCGUCCUAACACCGUUCAACAUCGCUGCUCUCAGAACAGCAGCCGAGCUACUGGAAAUGGCGGAUACCAAUGGUGAUGGCGAGGAGGAGAACCUCAUGCAGAUAACGGAGGCAUACUUCCGUCGGAUUAUCAACGUUAACCGAGAGUACGCGUCCAUAGUUUUUCGGUCGUGCCUGCCUCUGCUUCCGGAGGCGGAAAGGACGGCGUAUCUGGGGAGCAGGUGUGUUGAAGCCUUGAGUAGUUCAGUAGUGGAGGGUGGUGGCGGCGACGGCGUCAAUGUGCCUUGUUUCGACGACGUCAUAUCGAUGUCACCCGAGGAUUUUCUAAUAGUGGCGAAGUCCAUGCACCGUCGGUUAACGAGCCAUGACGUGCUUUACAGGACGGUUGAUCUUUACUUCAAGGGAUACAGUGGCAAGAUUUCGGAUGACCUGCAAGCCCAAAUAUGCAACUCCAUUGAUUGUAACAAGCUCUCACCCCAACUCCUCUUAGAGGCAGUGCAAAACCCUAUAAUGCCACUUAGAUUCAUAGUCCGAGCCAUGUUGAUGGAGCAGCUCAACACCCGGCGCUCCAUUUUGAUCUCCAGCACUGCCGCGGACCACAUCCAACCUUGCAGGCAACGGACCAGGAGCAGCAGCAAAGACGACGGCCCCAUAACCCUCGGAGCGAUUCUUCAGCGUGAGGCGGCGCUUCGCCAGGCAGCCCAUCUUAAGGCCGCAAUGGAUGCCACGAGCUCUCGCAUACAGAGCCUGGAGAAAGAGCUAAACGUCAUGAAGAAGCUCUUGAAUGAGCCUGAAAUAUUGCAGAGAAGCAUUUUAAUGGGGUCAGGUCGGUCUUCGAGUUUCCACUAUGGUUCGGAGAAUAAGAUAGAAAGAGGUGAUAGAGGAUCUGCUUCUUCGGCCAGCUUACGGUGCCAUGUGAGAUCAGGAGAAAAAGCAGUAGGAGGGUCUUCAUCCUGGGAUAAGGGCUCUUGUAAUAAUGUUGGGUCGACACCAAAGAAUAUUCGGAGGAGGCUGAUAAAUGGAUUAAAGAGUGCGUUCUGGAUAUCGAAAUCACCAUCAACGAAUGGGAUUGAGAGUAGAAAAUCAAGCAUGAGCAGAUCAAUGGAUCGAAAGGGGUCAGGAGAUCAUGGCUAAUAGGCAAGGAUAUAUUAUCCAUCCUUACAAGUAGAUCGAGAGAAUUGUUUUUAAUUACGUACGUACGUGCUUUCUCUCCUUUAGUUAUUUUCUAGGUUGGAUGUUUAAUUAAUUUGAUACCUGUUUGUAGGAUCUUAUUGCACUUGUUGUCUCUGCUUUGUGUACAUAAAUGGAAUUGGGAAAUUCUAUGGUGAUUUAAUUUGGUUU